GGCGCCCGAGCGCAGAGCGCUCGCGGUGGGUGCCAGCGGCAGCCUGGGAGAGCCGGAGCAGGCGGGUUCGCGCAGCCGCCAGCCUCGAUUCGGAGCGCAGCUCGGCCGGUCGGCGGCGGGAGAGGCGGCCCGGGGGCGGGGCGGACGCGCGUGCGGCCAAUCGGCAGCGGGGGUGGGCCCGGGUGCUGCUAGCGCACUGACGGCCGGUGCACCGAGCCUCGAGCUGACGGCGGGUGCCUGACGGUCGCUGGGCGGCGAGCGGCGGCGAUGGCGACCGCGAUGGCAGCGACGGCGGCGGAGCGAGCGGUGUUGGAGGAGGAGUUCCGCUGGCUGCUGCACGACGAGGUGCACGCCGUCCUCAGGCAGCUGCAAGACAUCCUCAAGGAGGCCUCUCUCCGCUUCACUCUGCCCUGCUCUGGCACCGGCACGGAGGGUCCUGCCAAGCAGGAGAACUUCAUCCUUGGCAGCUGUAGCACAGACCAGGUGAAAGGCGUGCUGACUCUGCAAGGGGACGCGCUGAGCCAGGCGGAUGUGAACCUGAAGAUACCCCGGAACAACCAGCUGCUGCACUUCGCCUUCCGAGAAGACAAGCAGUGGAAGCUGCAGCAGAUCCAGGAUGCCAGGAACCAUGUAAGCCAAGCCAUUUACCUCCUUGCCAACCGGGAUGAAAGCUACCAGUUCAGGACGGGAGCAGAGGUCCUCAAGCUGAUGGACGCUGUGAUGCUGCAGCUGACCAGAGCCCGCAACCGGCUCACCACCCCGGCUACCCUUACUCUGCCUGAGAUCGCUGCCAGUGGCCUCACGCGGAUGUUCGCCCCUGCCCUGCCCUCUGACCUACUAGUCAAUGUGUACAUCAACCUCAACAAGCUCUGCCUCACCGUGUACCAGCUGCACGCCCUGCAGCCCAACUCCACCAAGAACUUCCGCCCAGCUGGAGGCGCCGUGCUCCACAGCCCUGGGGCCAUGUUCGAGUGGGGCUCCCAGCGUCUGGAGGUGAGCCAUGUGCACAAGGUGGAGUGUGUGAUCCCGUGGCUCAACGAUGCCCUAGUCUUCUUCACGGUCUCCCUGCAGCUCUGCCAGCAGCUCAAGGAUAAGAUCUCCGUUUUCUCCAGCUACUGGAGCUACAGGCCUUUCUGAACAGAACCCCCAAGAGUCUGUCCACCUGGGAAAUGGCCCUUGUCCCUCUCAUCUAUCCCCUCUUGGAGUGUUGGCCAGAGCCGGGCAGCAUGGGCUAUUUAUUUUCGUCUUUACCCCAUCCUGCCCAUCAUAUUUGCACAGAUGGAAAUGAACACUGGAAUCACUGAAAAGAAGGGACGAAGGCUUGCUUUUCAUUUUGCGGAGGGGGGUGGUCAGGAAGGCGGAGCAGAGAUGUGGCCCACAUUCCAAACCCUCCCUCCCUGCAGGCAGAAACCUUUGGACUCUGGGUGGGGCCAACCCCAGGGCUCUCCUUCCGCCUCCUUUUUCUGCUUUCUGAGCUGCCCUUGGAUGGUGAAGGGUAGCCACGCACACCCCCUCCAUGGAGGGUGAGGAGUGGGUGGCGACCCUAAACUGUGAGUUAGGAGAGCAGACAGAAGCCACCCACCGUGAGCUGUGGUGUCCUAGAAUGCGUUUGCUCAGCAUCCCUGACAAGGCCUCUAGGAAAUAAAGAUCACCCGACUUUA